CCUCUUCUGGUCACACCACGAAGUACCUGGGCAGCAAACAUCGGCCAUCAGUGGCUUGAAUUUUAUCCUGUCCCAUAUGACCUCGGCCAAUGUCUGACACAGAGGAUAAAUGCCCGAGCAGGCCUGACUUGUUCAAGACCAAUAGUUCUGGCACGACGCGACUCAAUCACCAUGAAUACAAAUCACCACCGGCAGCCUCUUAGAAAACGAGGACCACAAUUCUUAACACAUUGCUUCCUAGCCCUGGUGGCCAUGAUUGAUUUCGGCCACGGCUGCGAGCACAAUUACAAGGAGCUUUUCAGCAAAUCAAGUAACCUGGUCCGCACAGCAGGGUUCAUUGAUACACAGAAAAGGGAACGAUUCAGCCUCGAUGUUUGGGAGGCUUCUUCAAUGACACGAACCGCACGGAGAUUAGAUUUCAUCCAACGUGUUGCCGCAGACGUUCAUGGCCAGCGGGCACUCUAA